UAGGCCAACCAAUGCUCGAAUAGCACCUUAUCAUCUGAUGUCACCUGUCAGGUAGUUAAGGCUGUUUUACUUCACGCAUUAUAAAUAUUGCAAGGGCUGAUCCACGCAGACAGAUCACACUGCCUCGCUCUAACCACGACGUAGCAUAGUAAACCAGGACAUGCUCCUGACAUACCUCAGUUUUCCUGAGACCUCAAAUACUUUUUUGGCAGAAAAGUAAGACAGAGAUUAGAGCAUUUUAGAUUUAACAAAGAAACAAGGACACUAUGGCUGCACUGGGGCUUGAAAUUUUGGGAAUAUCGCUCUCUACUCUCGGUUGGAUCCUCAGCAUUGUGUGCUGCGCUCUUCCCAUGUGGAGGGUCACUGCAUUCAUUGGAACCAACAUUAUCACAGCUCAGAUUUACUGGGAGGGCAUUUGGAUGAGCUGUGUGUUUCAGAGUACUGGACAAAUGCAGUGUAAAGUCUACGACUCUCUUCUGGCUCUCCCCCAGGACCUGCAGGCGGCCCGAGCUUUGACUGUAGUGGCCAUUGUCCUGGGCGUCCUGGCCCUUCUGAUAUCUAUUGUCGGAGCUAAGUGCACCACUUGUAUCGAGGACGAGGCUGCCAAAGCCCGUGUGAUGAUCAUUUCUGGUGUUACCUUCAUAAUCGCAGCUAUCAUACAACUUAUUCCUGUUUCCUGGUCAGCCAAUACCAUCGUUCUGCAGUUCUACAGCGUAACUGUACCUGAUUCCCGGAAGAUGGAGAUUGGUGCCUCACUGUUCACCAUGUCGAUGGGAAUGGAAAUUGGGGGCAUUGCCCUAGGUUUAAUAGGCUGGCUCCUAGCUAUUAUAACCUGUGCUCUGCCCAUGUGGAAGGUCACAGCUUUUAUUGGAGCUAAUAUUGUGACAGCACAAAUCAUCUGGGAGGGCAUCUGGAUGACCUGUGUGGUUCAGAGUACUGGACAAAUGCAGUGUAAGGUGUAUGACUCCAUGCUGGCACUUCCUCAGGAUCUUCAGGCAGCACGAGCUAUGUGCAUCAUCUCCAUCAUCUUGGGUGUUCUGGGUAUAAUGAUCUCUAUCAUGGGUGCGAAAUGCACCAACUGUAUUGAGGAAGAGGCAGCCAAGGCAAAAGUCAUGAUCAUUUCUGGCAUCAUCUUCAUUCUCUCUGGCCUCCUGACACUUAUCCCAGUGUCCUGGACCUCCAGCACCAUCAUUCAGGAUUUCUACAACCCGUUGGUGCCGUCCACUCAGCGCAGAGAGUUGGGAACAUCGCUGUACUUAGGCUUUGGAGCCGCUGUUCUUCUAAUCAUCGGGGGGGCGUUGCUGUGCUGCACCUGUCCACCACGUGAGACCAAAUAUAAGCCUGCGAAUAAAGCUUAUACUGCUCCUCGCACUACCAGUGGCUAUGGGAAGGACUAUGUAUGAAAGUCUUUAAAUUACAGGUAAAAAAUCAUUAAAUGAAGACAAAGAAUCUUCUGAGUAGACUCCGAGAUGAAGGGCUGUGUUAUGCUGUUCAUAUUUGCUUUGUGCUGUAUUUGCUGUUUCUGUUUGGAGUUGUUUUAAAGUUUGUACCUGUUAAAUAAGGAAUUGCAAUGUGAAAUGUUUAAAUCUAUCAAUCUUGCAUUUACACUGUUAGUUUGAAUGGAGCUACUUUCUUUUAAUACAUAUUUCAGGCUUUUGUCUACAUAACCUUUCUAUGAUGCUUUAAAAUUUACUCAGGAAGAUUGGAAGGCGUGCUGUUUUACAUGCAUUUGCUUAUGAAAAUUAGACCAGAGACGGAAACUAAAACGUGAACUUCUUUUUAUCGCCUUUUACAAGCAUUAAGAAUUUAAUUGGACUUGUGUUUUUUUCAUGAAUAGUAAUUGGUGGAUUACAUUUUUUUACUUAUUGUGUUAAGAUUUUAUUAAAUAUUGUUAAGUGAUUUUAUAAUUUUAUAUGAAGUGCUACAGGCUAUUCUGUCCUCUAUUCUGUUGAAUUAAAAAGCCUUUUGUGAUAGAUGAAAAACCUGAAACCGUGUGGGUUAAAUGACUGGUGAUAUUUACCUUGUGCAACAAAGAAGACAGACUGCUUAGUGAUGUACUGAAAACAAAUAGACAAAUCCUUAGUACACACAGCUUCAAAAAAGCAGAAUUGUUUGCUAGAGGUGGCAGUCAAUGUAUUACACCAAAGUCUUUUAAAAGAAAAAGAGCAUCUAAUGAGAUCCCGAGAUAAAGUAAUACAUUUUAACAAAUAACAAAAAAAAUAGUUUUGAAUCAUUAGAUCUGAUAAAGAAAUCCCUAACAUGCUAAUUUAUGAAUAAAACAUGCCAAGGUUGUAUGAAGCAGAGUUACUAUUCAUUCCAGAGUAUUAUUAAUCAAAUUAUGAAUGACGCAUUAAACUUUUUCCAAGUUAGUCCCUUGUAUCAUGUACAGUCAUUUCCCCAUCAGUCUCCUUUUUUCUUUAUCUUGAAGACAUAACAAUAUAGUUUAUCAUGUUACCAAGAUACCAAAAAACAAAAAGUCCUCUGUCCUAAAGAUUAACCUAAGGUGGGAAAUGUACCAAUUCUUCCAUAAAUGCUAAACAGAAGAACCUUACCUUAUUGAUAUAUAUCCCCAUAUGUUUUUCUUUCUUACAUACCAAAACAUUUUAAAUUGCUUUCUUACAAACCUUUAUACUUUAACAUAUUAGACCAAACACAUUAAAGUGAACUGAGAAUUGAGUUGCUGCCAAAACUAUUAUUAGAGUUGCUAUUAUAGACUAAUGCUUUCUGACCAGUGCGAACUUUGGUGUAAAUACAUUAUAUAGGAUGUAUAUUUUUUAAAAAGGCAUGGUGUCAACCUAUCAUCUAUAUAAAUAAAAGAAAGAUUUUGUUUGUACAUUGGUAAGAACUCGCUCUUUUAAUGAUUAUACAUUAGAGGACCCGAAACCAGUCUCAGAAAUUCUUUUGUCUGUAUAUCUGUAUGUCUGUGUAUCUGUAUGUCUGUAUGUCUGUCCAGCCAGAUUUGUCACAACAUUACGCAAAACUGGCUGGGCAGAAUUAAAUGAAACAUUGCCAGUUCUUAGGUAAUUUCCCAAAAAUAAAC